AUGUCGAGUCAGAUGUCCUUCUCGAGCACUAAUUCUACAAGUGUUGGCACUCAAAGUAGUAGAGAACCACUACCUUUCUUAGUGGCACAGUAUGAAGGCCAGAAGUUCACGGUUCUCCGAAGCAUCAGUUACCAGAGUACAAUCGCAUCAGUAAAAAGGAACAUCGCCAGCCUCCAAGAGACACUAGACGAUCAUAUCUUCAUACUCGCAAUACUUCCAGGAGUAUGCGACUAUGUUCGAAUCACAAAAGAUGUCUGGGCGAGCCUCUGUGAUAAGCUGAUGGUUGUUCGAGUAGAACAGGAUACAUAUGAUUGGUCUAAGUCCUCGAAGCGCGAAUGUUCCCCCGAAAUACGUACCGACAAAAAACGCGCCAAAUACAACCGGCCGUCCAGCGAUCAAGGGCUCCCAGUCGGUGAAAAUGCCGUAGCCGAAAGUUCACAGGUAUUAGCUAGGGCAAUGCGGGAUUGCCGCGAGAGCCACGGCGGACAAUUCAGUAAUAUUGAGCAUGGGAGCCCAUGGGGGGGUGGCAAAAAUAUUGGCCAAAUGAAGUUCAACAAAAGAAGAACAAAACGAGGCCCGAACUUGAAACCCUCAACCUGGAGUUAUUCCAAUGAUGGCCUCGAUCGGUUCUCACCAAAUCAUCGAGCAGAAGGAGACAUCCAUCUAUCCCCUAAACACUCCGACAGUGACUCGUUUGACCAUUGGGAUACAAUUGCAUCCUUAAAGCGGAACAUCAGUGGCCUGAAAGUGAUACCGAAUGACCAGAUAUUUAUCAGUGCUUUUAUCGAAGAAGUAGACGAUCAUGUUAGAAUCACUGAAGAUGUCUGGACGAGUCUCUGUCCCAACCUAGUUGCCAUUCGAGUUGGGCAGAAUACAUGCGAUAGGUCCAGAUCACUGGGACGCGAGAGUUCUCCUGAUGCAUGGGCCGACAAAAUAUACCUCGAAUCGACUCGGCCUCGAAGUCAACAAGCACUCGAAAACGCUAUGCAAAGUAAUUCACAAGUUUUGGGAGCAAAGGCCGUGGGUUCGUAUGGUAUUGCUUACGAGGAUUCCGAUUCGGAUCUGGAUGACCCAGAAAUAAGCCCAUGGGGGGAAAAAGGGCCGAUGAAAUACGGUUAUCGGCCCACGAUGAAAGUCCCGCCCCCUAAACCUCUGACUUGGAGUUACUUCAAAGAUGGGAUUGAUCGAAAUUCACCAGAUCAUCGGGACGUGGGAGAUGUACAUGUGUCUAGAUCUCCCAGCGGUUCAGAAGGUUGCCCAUUUAGUCAUUGGGUCUGCCUCAUACGCAAAGGGGAGAAGCAAUGGGUAAAGGCGGCUCAGGGAUAUGCUCAUCCUACCCAGAAGGAUUACGUUCUACGAUGUGGGACAGUGUGUACCCCGCCUCGAUGGGUCCUCCCCAAGUCAUUGGAUUGCGCGAACUAUCGCAAACAAGUCCAGCGCAAUUCAUAUUAA